GUCACUGUCGCCCGGGCGAGAGGGAAGAGGCCAGGCCGGAGACUGAGACCCCGGUGCGGGAGCGCCAGAAGGAGCCGCGCGGAGCUAUUGCCGCUACAGGCCGCCGCCAUGCCCAACUCUAAGCGGCGAGGAGGGGGUAACCCGCGCGGAGCAUCAGGUGCCCAGCACAGAAACAUGCAGCCUUUUAGUGAUGAAGAUGCAUCGAUUGAAACUAUGAGCCACUGCAGUGGCUUCAGUGAUCCUGCUAGCUUCACUGAGGAUGGGCCUGAAGUUGAUGAAGAAGCAAGCCAAGACGACUUGGAGUACAAACUGAAGGGAUUCAUUGACCUUACAUUGGACAAGAGUGCAAAGACAAGGCAAUCUGCUCUUGACGGUCUUAAAAAUGCCAUGACUUCAAAAAUAUUGUACGAGUUCAUCCUGGAAAGGAGAAUGACACUAACGGAUAGUAUUGAACGUUGUAUCAAGAAAGGCAAGAGUGAUGAACAGCGUGCAGCAGCAGGGCUGGCUUGUCUGCUUUGUGUGCAGUUGGGGUCAGGCAUUGAAAGUGAGGAAGUCUUUAAGACCCUUGCGCCAAUUCUGAAGAAGAUACUUUCUGAUGGGUCAGCAAAUGUACAAGCAAGGCAAGCUUGUGCCACCUGCUUAGGAGUCUGUUGUUUUAUUGCCACUGAUGAUAUCACAGAGUUAUAUUCAACUAUGGAAUGUCUAGAAACUGUCUUCAGCAAAUCCUAUCAGAAUGAGCGGAAUUCGAAUGGUGUUUCCAGCACCCAGAACACCGUUCUUCACAUCAGUGCUCUCUUGGCAUGGACCCUUCUGUUGACCAUCUGCCCAAUGAAUGAAGUAAAGAAAAAACUUGAAAUGCAUUUGUAUAAAUUUCCCAUCCUGCUGUCCUGUGAUAACGUAAACAUGAGGAUUGCUGCUGGGGAGACAUUGGCUCUCUUGUUUGAACUGGCAAGAGAAUCAGAUGGGGAUUUCUUUUAUGAAGAUAUGGAACUUCUAACCCAGAAAUUGAAAGCUCUGGCUACCGAUGGGAAUAAACACCGUGCUAAGGUAGACAAAAGGAAACAGCGGUCUGUCUUCAGAGAUGUUUUGCGAGCGGUAGAGGAGCAUGACUUCCCUACUGAGACGGUAAAAUUUGGACCGGAGCGCAUGUACAUUGACUGCUGGGUUAAAAAACAAACAUAUGAUACAUUCAAGGAAAUUUUGGGAUCAGGAAUGCAAUAUCAUUUGCAGUCGAAUGAGCUCCUCCGGAACAUCUUUGAACUCGGGCCACCACUAAUGCUUGAUGAGGCAGCUCUUAAAACCAUGAAGAUACCCCGUUUCGAAAGGCAUCUGUACAACUCUGCAGCAUUCAAAGCACGGACAAAGGCUCGAAGCAAAUGUCGUGAUAAAAGGGCAGAUGUGGGGGAAGUGUUCUAGAGCAACUCUUGAAGACCUUUAACUUGAUUUUGAUUAAAUCCAAUUCCUGUUAAGUGUAAUUAAUUGUGUAUUUAAAGUGAAAUGGGGCUUUUUAACUGUUACCUCUUAGGUAUCUUCUUGCACAUACAUAGAGUAAUUGAUGUGAUGUUUGUUAACUGCCUAGAUGGAUAUGUGUAAUGUAGAUUACAAUGUAGAAGGGUGGGAGGGAAGCUUCUGACACUUUAUGGUGAGUAAGAUUGGCUCAUGACUUUGGCAUAAUUCUUACAUCACUGUUAGUCACAUGGUGCUGAGGACUGAUUUGAUUCAGCUCAUUGUUUUUAGAAUUCUAAUGAAAUAGGUGAACAGCUCUAAGAACAUUCUGCAAGGCUCAGCAUGCCUCUGAACAAGCUGCUAUUUUAUAGUCAACGAAACAUUUUUAAAGUAAAUAUCCAGGCUGUUAAACUGAUGUUGCAGUACCACGCAGGGUCCCUCAAGCUCAGCUACCAACCUUUACAAUGAAGUAGCACACAAUCGUUUAAAGAAAUGUUAAGCAUCAUAUGCUGAAACUUUGGAUAAUAAAAUAUAUUUAUCUCUGAAAGCUGCUUUUGUUCAAAAAUGUCUGUUUGAAAUGAGUUGUCAGAGCUUUGAUAAUUCUAGGUGGAUGAUUUAAUGGCUGUGGUGGAAGGGUUGCAGCUGUUUAAAAUGAAUUAAGCAACUUGCAAUGUAAUUUGAAGUGGGAUGGGGAAGAACAGUGGGCCUCACACUUGGGCGCUGCAGAGGCCUCCGCCCCAACAGACUACAGGCAGAGAUUUUUUUCCAUAGGCUGAUGUCAGCUACAUCCUAACCCCCUCCAGCAGGGUCAACAAUGGGCUUGCACUGUUAAGAUACUUCUUUUAAUAUAGAAUAAGCCCACUUUUUCACCAUAUCCCUUUUGGUUUGGAAGAGAGUGUCUGUCAAGGCAGUAUUGUCAAUAUGACUUUUCUAUAAAGAUUAUAUAGCAUUGCUGCCCCACUGACUUCUGUAAGCAACCUCUUGCCUUUAUAUGUCGAUUAUGUCUAGAUGCAUUAAGUCCUCUAAUCAUUGAAACAUAAAUCCUAAAAUCAGAUAAAUGCCACAACGGAAAUAGCACAAAUUGUCCUUAUAUUUCUCCCCUCAAAAUGCACUGGCAAAAACAAUUUUGGCUUGUUGCUGAAAGGCAAAGGGGCUCUGGGCCCAGGGAAUUCCAAAGUUUAGGUAUCACACCAGAAAAGGCUUAAUCUCUGGUUGUUGUCUGCCUAGGCAUACAGAGCAGUCAGAGCAGAGCCUCUGAUGUUGCCAUGUGGACAGGUUAAUGCAGGAGAAGGUAGCGUUCAGAUGUCCUUGGGCUAUUUAGGGCUUCAAAGGUCAGAACCAGCACUUUGAAUUCAGCAUUAAAACCAACUGGAAGCCAGUGAAGAUCUUUCAGCUGUGAGUGCCAAGUCUAGGUUAAUAGCCUGAUCAACACAUUCAGCCAUAGCUUCUGAAUGCUCUUCAAAAGUAGUCCUCCUGCAGUAGUUGAAGCAUAGAUUAUUAAAGCAAGAGUUCUUCCCCAGGAGAGAAUGUAACAUGAGUCAGCUGAAGCUGGUGGAAGGCUACAGAUGCCAUCUGAUCCUCAAAGAGCAAAACAAGGUCCACUGGUAUUCCCAAACACCCUGAUCCAUAAGGCGGAGAGAUCUAGAAAGCCACUCACUAGUGCCUCUCAACUGAGCUUCAGUUAUUGGCCCCUAUCCAGUCCAUUACUGACCCCAGGCACAUGUUUAGAACAACAGCAGGUAUACUUUCAUUAGGUGGAAAAAGAGAAAGCUAUAUAUUGGUGUCACUUUACCCAAACCAACCUUUACAAGCAGUUCUAUGUAGAUACAAAACCGUAUAGCAAGCGUGACAAAAGGUACUAGGGACCAAGCAUGACUGAGAAAGUUCUCAAUCAAUUUUUGCUCAAUGUAGAACUGCUUGCUAAACCUUUCUGCAAGCCCAGCCACCUUGAACCAAGAGAAGCCUGGCUUUGCUUCAUAAUGAAGGUAGUAGUGUGCUUCCUUCACAUUUUAAAAACCGGCUUUUUUUUUAAAAAAAGGGUUGCUCACAGCAAUAUUUAUUUAUUUUUGCAUAACCUGCUUUAUAUGAUCUAGAAUGCAAUAUAGCCUAGGUACCACUGCACUAUAAAUCCUAAUCUACAUUUCACAUUACUAUCUGGCAUCUCAAGGGGAGAAAUACCCUACCAAAACUUAAACCGUAUUAAAAUUGGGGUUAAAAAUGCGAAGUCAGAUUUUGUUUUAUAGGAUAAUACUUGCACGAUAGUUACCUAUUUAGCCAUAGAAGCAACUCCAAUCACAUGGAAAUAGGCUGUAGUAAUAAAACUAUUAUUAAUGUUCAUUAUUUCUACUACUGUACACAUUGAUAUAUGAAAUAUUGAAAUGGGAACAAAUGAUCUAUUGAGACCUUAAUCUUAUUACAACUACAUGGAAACACCCAGCAGAGCCCAGAAAAAAAUUGUCUAAGAAUACAAGGAUGAAUUUGUCAAUAGAUUAAAGCAGGAGACAAUAUUUUUGCUGGAAGAAAUUCUGCAAAUAUGUCCUUCUAGUAAGUAAGGGCUUGUAUGUUACACUUUUGCAAUAUAGCAGAUUUAUAAGGUUUUUAAUAUUAACAUACAUGCAUAGGCUUUAGUGGCACUCUGUCAUGUUUAUAAUUUUUUUUAAUGCCAAUAUUAAUUUUUUAAUGCCAUUGUGGCAAUGUGUUUAAUUGACCUAAAUAUGUUUUAAUACUAUGUGUUUCAUUGUACUCUAUUUUAUUAUUAAUGUUACAGCCCCCUGAAAAAGGCUUUAAAAUAAAGGACAGAUCGAAACCGCU